UGUCAAACUAAAAAAAUUUAAUUCAGAAUCUCUGAAAUUUAUUUUGAAUUCCUAAGAAAAAUAUUGGUUUGGCAACGAUGCAAUGCGAUUGCACCAAACCAUUGCCAACUGCCAACACGGAGAUACAAAAAAGUACUAAGUAAAAUUGCAACCUUAUACACCCGUCUCUAUACUUUACAUUUGCAGACUUCUAAAAGCGAAGUAAAAAGUUAAAGUGCUAAUAUAGUAAAUAAUGUAGAUAUUAACAAAAAAUAAGACAAAAAUAAGUAUUUAUAUGAUUUAUAAAUAUACGAUUGGCAGAACUGUUCUUCAAAUUGACUCACGUGAUACAUAUUUUAGCCAAUGGAAUUUUUCAUUUUUGAGAAAACAAACCCAAAAGUCGAAGAACAUAAACAUAACCUCAAAAAUCUGAUUUCGUUUUUUAAGAUCUUUAGAAUAUACCAGAGACAUAAUAUACAGAAAAAUGGUGUGUAAAGAUACUUUAAAAAUAAAAAACUUACCAAAGGAGCUCUCCGAUGCUCAAAAAGAAGACUUCGCUCGGCAUUUCGGAGCAUCAAAAAUAAAAAUAAUCACCUCCAGAGUCAAAGAAAAAUCAAUUGUUUAUGCAAAGUUUGAUUCUGAAGAACUGGCCAAAAGUGUUCUAUUUCGAUUACAUCAGAUAAACGUAUUAAAUUGUAGACUUUGUGUGGAAUAUGCCGAACAUGAUAUUGUCCAAGGUAAACCCAAACAGAAAAAAAUUGAAGAGAGUGAUAUUAGCAGUAAGAAAUCCUUUAAAACCUUUGUGAAUAAAUUAACUUCGUUUAAUGACAGCGUUGGAUUUCACCAACCUCCUCCAUCACAUUUAAAGUAUUUGUAUCCCAAAACCAAUAGGGCUACUAUUAAUAAUAUAGCACAUGCUUUAUCAACUAUUCCUAGAUUUUACACUCAAGUGUUACAUUUGAUGAACCGGAUGAAUUUACCACCUCCUUUUGCUGUUGAACAAUUACCUGUAAGAACAAUUACACCUUCACAGCACCCAGUAGUGCAAAAGUCUUUUGAAAAAAUUACUCCACCACCUUCAGUAGAAAGAAUAAACCAGCCUGCAUCUGUUGAAACUGAAGCUAAAGCCGCUGGAAGCUCUUCUGAAUCUGAAUUAGAGAGUGACAGUGAAGAUACUUUUAGAAAUAGGGAGUAUAUGCCCUUGAAAAGGAAGAGUAUUCAGAAGAAAGCUAUUAAAAGACCUAAGUUUAUUAAACUGCCCACCGCUCAACCUUCUAGUAGCACAAAAGUUGCUGAAAAGGCUGAAAAUGUUUUUGAAAAGGUUGAUGUUCAAAUACAAAAGAAAAUAGAAAUGAGGGUCCCAACUGAGCCAACCGUUCAAAAACAACCAGAGAUAGAAGAGAAAAGUGGUUCCUUUGGCAUUAUGUUACCAUUGGUGAAACCAGAAUUAAAAGAAUCUUCAAACUCAAAUGUGCUGCCAGAGCAAGAAGUCUCGGAAGAAAAAUCAUAUAUUACAAGUGAAGAAUUGGCUGCAAAUCAAAUACCCCAUAAAGAUAUAGGGAUACUGCCUGUAUUCAAAAAUUAUCACCCAGGUGCAGCAACAUGUAGACUUUAUAUUAAAAAUUGCGCUAAAACUGUAGUACAGAAAGACUUGGAGUAUAUUUAUAACAGAUACAAGAUCCCUGAAGGGGAUACUCCUAGUCAAUUUGAUAUCAGAUUGAUGCAAGAAGGAAGAAUGAAGGGACAGGCCUUUGUGACCUUGGAUACCAUCGAGCUAGCCCAAAAGGCAGUCAAAGAGACUAACGGGUAUAUAUUGAAGGAGAAACCCCUAGUGGUGGUUUUUGCAAGAUCUGCUGCGCAGAAAAAAUAGUAUUUUAAAGAAGCAACUGUUAAAUAUUAGAAUCACAGAUCCUUUUUUUUUUGUUGUAUUUGUUUAUUCCCUAGUUUAUUUAUUGUGAAAUAAAUUGACUUAAUGA